AUGGAUGUGUCGAGUCUGAAAGAUUUUAAGAAACUCAGGAUUUGCUAUUUGCAUUUUGCUGAGGAUGAUUAUAAAUUGGGAUAUGCACAGCGAAAAUUAAAAGAUAACGUUGUUCCAUCGUUGAAUUUAAAUGGAUAUUCUGAAGAAAAUCCAAGUAUAAAUGCAUCAGUGCAUGAUGUGGCAUUAAAUAUACAUACACAACACAAUAUUAUGGAAGAUGUACAUGAGGAAAGGAAUGAUGAUGUCCUUACAGAAAAUAAGAAUAUCUCUUAUGAAGCUGGCCCUAGCAUAAGUUCUACACCCAAACGUAAGAGGCUUCGGUUAUUACAGAAUAAUGAUUCUGAAAUCGAUUUAACACUGAAGGCUGCGCGGCUGUAUAACAUAGCGACACAAAUUCGAAGAAAGCAGCUAAAUGUAUCCAAAACAUUAAUUGGGUACAGAAAAAGGUUAAGAGAAGCUCAGAAGUGUACUGAAAAUACAGUAUUGUUAAAGCUUAUGUCUACUCUUUCUAAACCUCAACAGCUAUUUCUUAGCAUGCAAUUUCGCAAUUCUGAAUAUAAACCUCAAGGAAGAAGAUUUACAAUGAAAGAAAAAGUUCUUGCGUUGGCAUUAUACAAGCAGUCUGGAAGGUGUUACAGACUAUUAGAAAGUAUAUUUCACCUUCCGUCUGCAAGAUCAUUGAGGCAGAUCUUAAACAGAAUUAAUGUCAAUACAGGGUGCAAUCAAUUCAUAUGUCGACAACUGCAGGAAAAAGGUACAACAAUGAGCAGCAUAGAUAAAGUGUGUUGUGUAAUGUUUGAUGAGAUGGCAAUACAACCCCACGUUGAAUACGAUCCAGUAUCGGACUGUAUCGUGGGGUUUGAAGAUUAUCAGACUAUAAGAACGAUGAAAUACGCAGAUCAUGCGUUGGUAUUUAUGAUUCGAGGUAUACAUACCGGGUGGAAGUUCCCUGUUGCAUAUUAUUUUACGGAAAAUCAGGCAAGUACCGCACAUUUAGUACAAUGUAUUACAGAAAUAAUACAGUCUGUAGUGGAUAGUGGUUUCUUGCCUGUUGCGCUUAUAUGCGAUCAGGGAAAAACAAACGUGGCUGCAAUUAACCAAUUAAAAGCAGACACAAGGAUAAAUAUGCAGGACAAAGUAGAAUAUAGUAACACUAUCUACCUUGCUGGAGUUGAAAUUUGUCCGCUAUACGAUCCAUCUCACCUGAUGAAGGGGAUCAGAAAUAAUCUAUUAAAUAAAGAUAUAGAAUUAGUUUUUAAGAAGGAAAUGAACGGCGCUUUGCGCAAUGGAGAAUUAUUGAAUUGGCAUAUAAAAUGGAUAUCUAUUCAAAAUCUAUAUGUCGAUUGA